AUGCGUCUCACUGUCAGCCUGAUCCUGUGCCUUUUUGCCGUCCCGAAUGGGAUAUCGGCUUAUCCUGGCCCCGCUGGUCCAGCAGCGCGACCUCAUUCCCUUAAGCGCCUUUCAGAGUACAAGUCCUCGGGAGCAGGAUGCAGCUCCGGUAAAGAGGUACUCGUCAAGGCACCAGUGAAGAAUAUUUUUCAAAGUCUCACUGAUGAAGAAUAUGCCCAUGUUACGGCGUAUCUUCAUGAGCAAAAAGACCUUAACUUGACUGCUGUCGUUAACUCUACCUCUUGGGACAAUGUCAUCGUGUCUCUUGACCUAUUACAGCCGAACAAGACAGAUGCAUUGGCUUACCUUGAAGGCCAUGGUCCUGCUCCAGUUCGUUAUGCGAGAGCGACUCUCCAAUUCAACUCAAAUGUGCAGCCCUACAUUCAAGAGUACAUGGUUGGACCAUUGCCAAUGCGGCAGGGCCUGACGCAUCAUGAGGAACUCAACUACAUGUUCACAUCUGGCCGAGGCAGAAUCAAUGUCUACAACGCUGACGGUGAAGCCAUCGCUGCUUUCAACCUCAAGAUUGGCACCGAGAUAAAAGACAUCACCAAGGAACUUCUCAACGGCACCGCAACAGGUGCCGAAACCGAUAAUCUGCUGAUUGCAGGCAGUGACCCUUUGAUUCACCGUAACGAUAGGGUCUACCAGUGGAACGAGUUCUACUCUGCUCAUACAGGCGAGUUCUACUCAGAGACAGUACUACCCACCAGUUUGCAAUUCAAGGUUGACCUCACGGGCCGUGACCCAUCCAAGUGGAAGGUUGUGGGCUGGUACUACGACGGUAACUUCUGGCCAACGACUUCCGCCUUUCGCAAGGGCAUCAAGACAUUGAAGCGAAGGCCAGGACCAGUCGUUGAUGGAUCCUGGACUUCUACUGAUCAGCAAGGCGAUAGCUUUCCUCGCGAUCAUCUAUACCCUCCCGUUUCAGUCCAACCUGAUGGUCCCCGAUUUGGAGUAGAUAUAGAGCAGAACUACGUUGAAUGGAAAACGGGUUUGCAGUUACACGAUGUUCGAUUCAAGGGCGAACGUCUGAUCUACGAGUUUGGUCUCCAGGAGGCUCUUGCACAUUACGCUUCACAAGACCCGCUGCAUGCCUCAUCGGCAUAUCUUGAUUCAUCCUACGGUAUAGGCACCAGUCAGUGGAACCUCGUCGAUGGUUUUGACUGCCCAUCUCACGCUACCUAUCUCAACACAACGUUUUACAUCAGCGAGACUACCCAUGUGCACCCCAACAGUUUGUGUCUAUUUGAGUACGAUACCGGCUAUCCUAUUCAGCGACACUUGACCACGGACUAUGUUUCUGCUACAAAGAAUAUCAUUUUCACCGUACGCAGCGUUUCCACGGUGGGCAACUAUGACUAUCUCUUUGAGUACUCUUUCUACUAUGAUGGAUCCAUCGCCGUUACUGUUAGGGCCUCGGGCUAUAUCCAGGGAGCCUUUUGGUCAGGAGACGGUGAUUAUGGUUAUCAUAUUCAUGAUAAUCUGUCUGGAUCUAUGCAUGACCAUGUCAUCAACUUCAAACUGGACCUGGAUGUCAAGGGUACGAAGAACAGUCUGAUGAAGACGGAGUUUGUACCACAUACUCAAGUGUAA